UGUCCCCCAUAUGAGUCAAAAAUUGUAAAAAAAAAAAAAACAAAACAAAACAAAAACCGUGUGAAUACAGCCCUGUACACGAUCAGCCAGAUGCCACCUUCAAGAUGGCCGCCGCAGUCCGACGUCUCCCGGCCGCGCCUGCGCAGUAGCGCCGGUUGUAUCAGUAAAGGGAAGUGAUUGCGGGGUAUGGAGUUAUUCAUUAGCUUCUCCCCGCUCCGUGCUGUGUCCAGGCCCCGGUUGUGGCCGCUGUGCGGGGUGUGAGCGCCGUCCGUCAUGGAGCUGCUCUUCCUGUACGAGGUCCCGGCCGCCGUUAUGUGCCGCUUCUGUGAGGUCAUGGACUCUCUGGACGACACCGACUGGAAAAAGUUCGCUGCCAUGAUUAUUCCUGACCAGACAGUUUUGCGUCUGCUGGAACAACAGGGACACCGGAGGAGUCGAACAGAAGUGAUCAUGUGGCACUGGAUGAACCGAAACGCUCGAUUGAAGGACCUGCUGUUCAUCUUAAGGCAGAUGAGUUUUUUGCGAGCUCUCAGCAUUUUUGAACACUGGAGGCUGGAAUAUGAAUCUUCAUUGGUGGCAUCUCAGAACACUCCUCCAGCCAAUCGAUCUUCUCAUGUCACACAGACCUGGCCUUGCCCAGAACACAGUCACUUGGAGAAGAAAAAGCUGCCUUCUACAGACGCUGCAUCUUCCUCUGGGGACCCACUACCUUUUCCUGGCCCCCCUCCUCCACACCUAAUGAGCAGCAGCAGUUGCCCAUCCAAAGCGUCAAGUUCGGACAAGAACAGGGACAGCACUAAUAGCAGUACAAUUCAAGAAUCUCCUGAUGACAGUCACUUGCUUGCACCCUCUAAGCAUUUAUUGUGGAAUUUCCAAGAUGUGAUCCAAGGUACAAGAAACUUCUCCAAGUCCUUUCUUAUCGGAGAGGGUGGAUUCGGCUGUGUAUAUAAAGCAGUCAUCCGGAACACUGCAUAUGCAAUCAAGCGGCUCAAGCAGGAUUCGGAGUUAGAAUGGAGCACAGUGAAGAAGAGUUUCCUGACAGAGAUAGAAAAGCUGACAUGCCUUCGCCACCCAAACAUCAUUGACCUGGCUGGUUACUGUAUGCAGGGGGAGGAAUACUGUCUCGUAUAUCUGUAUCUACCCAACGGCUCACUGGAAGAUAGACUGCAUUGCCAGGGCAGAUUUCCUACACUCACCUGGAAGCAGCGUCUAAGCAUCAUGCAGGACGCGGCCUGUGGCAUCCAGUUCUUGCACACCUGCAAACCCAGCAUCAUCCAUGGAGACAUCAAGAGUUCAAACAUCCUCUUGGACCAGGCCCUGGUUGCCAAGUUGGGAGACUUUGGACUAGCUCGCUUCAGUCGAUAUGCAUGCGAUGCAGGGAAGAGUCGCACUUUAGCUCGGACCAGCACGGUGAGGGGUACUCUGGCCUACCUACCUGAUGAGUACGUGAAACUUGGAAAGCUUACCUUCGAACUUGACACUUACAGCUUUGGAGUGGUCUUACUGGAAAUUCUAACUGGAAGAAAAGCUGUGGAUAAUGAUAGCAAUUCUCACACUAAAUAUCUGAAAGACAUCGUGAAUGAGGAGGAGAGUGAGGAGGCUGAGAGCAGUAGUCCCCAAGGAGCUACCAGCAACAAAGUUUCAGAAAACAAACUUCUCCGAGCAGCGUCUCGCAUCUGCCGACAUCAUCUUGACUUCCGGUUAGGCAAUUGCCCUGCAGAGGUCGCUCAAGAGCUUUGUUUGCUGGCGUGUCGAUGCUUAGGACGACAGAAGAAACGUCCCAGCAUGGUGGAGGUGUUUAAUGACAUAACAAGAUUGCAGAGUCUCUUGCAUGUGGACACCGGACCCCAAAGUGACGGACAGAGCCCCUCUCUUCCUGACAUGCCAGAUUCCUUCUCUCCGGUCCUGGGUCUUAUUUCCAGUCUGCAGGCUUCGGUACUUAUCCCUCAGGAAAACACUGACAAGUUUACUCCAUGUGGUGCCCAAGGAGAUGCUUCAACCUCAGGCAGCGUCCGGCCUUACAGCCCUUGUGUCUCAGACUAUGACGACAAACUGGUCAAUUUCUGCAGCAGUUUUUCCUCAUGUGAAAGUCAAAGGACGUUUCAGAGGACUCCAAAUCUACCUGAGGAGAGUGAUGAAAGUGUCCCGGAGUUAUCCAUAGCUGCUUCACCUAAACUUACGGGUGACAUACCAAACCAACAAGAGCCGCACUCCGCACCUCACAUAAGGGCUUUACAGGGCCGGAGUACAGUGCUCGAGGCCUCCAACCUUAACGCCUCUGCCUGGCAAGGAAGCAGCGUGCAAGGCGAAAACAGCUUGGCAUCAGGGGAAUCGCAAGCUAUCUCGAUGCCACAUCACCAGAUCAUCGUGAAUCCUGCCAAACAGAGAUUUGUAGAGCAGCUGGCGCUGUAUGACCAGGGGAAAAUAAACAGCCUAGAACUGCUGUAUUCUGGAACGAGUCCAGAAUUAUAUUCGGAGGGACGAGGAUACCCAGAAGAAAGUGACGAUUUUCCCAGUUAGCUCCCUCGUGGACCUGCAUUGGAUUUACUGUGGGAUAAAAGUUCUCAGCCAACCUGCAAGAAGAUCCAGCUUGCAAACCGGUCAAGUGAAUGUAUAAGAAGAUUAUAUUAGUAUUGGAGAUGUUCUCAGUUGACGGAGGGUCCAGAAUAUAACAGUGUUUCAGGCUCCUUUUUAGACGGGGCUUUUUCUAAAUCAGUGUUUCCCAACCAGGGUGCCUCCAGCUGUUGCAAAACUACAACUCCCAGCAUGCUCGGACAGCCGAAGGCUGUCCGGGCAUGCUGGGAGUUGUAGUUUUGCAACAGCUGAAGGCACUUUGAGAAACCCUAAUCUGAGUGUAAAAUUUGUGCCUUAUUCCUGGAAAUCAAGCCAAACUUCACUUUGGGAGAGUAUUAGUAUUUAUUGUUUUUAGUAGAAUAUUAGGCUUUUAUAUCGCCUUAAAGGUGUACUCCGGUGGAAAACUUUUUUUUUUUUCUUUUAAUGAACUGGUGCCAGAAAGUUAAAUUUGUAAAUGACUUCUAUAAAAAAAAAUCUCUAUCCUUCCAGUACUUUUUAGCAGCUGUAUGCUACAGAGGAACUUCUUUG